AUUUUUCCACAAAUUCAAACAACAUGGCACCAUCAUCAACGUUAACACUCUCCAAAGUCUCUUUGUUGCUCUUCUUUUUGUCACUUUCUUCUUCCUAUGCAACUUCUCGCCUCAGCCAUGACCAUGUCAACCCACCAAAAUCACGAGCAGAAAAGCUCAUUAGAAGCCUUAACCUAUUUCCAAAGAACCCAAUAAACAUUGUUAAAGGUGAUGGCCUUGCUAAUGCUUUUGUCUCAGGGAAUAUCGUGGAGAAGAAGUUCUCGUUUCUUGGUGAUUCUGGACCUUCAAUUGAAGACCUUGGUCACCAUGCAGGUUACUUUUCACUUCCUAAUUCCAAAGCUGCAAGGAUGUUCUACUUUUUCUUUGAAUCACGAAAUAACAAGGAUGAUCCAGUUGUCAUAUGGUUGACUGGAGGACCAGGGUGUGGUGGUGAAUUGGCUUUGUUUUACGAAAAUGGCCCUUUUCAUAUUGGCAACAACUUGUCUCUUAUAUGGAAUGAUUAUGGUUGGGACCAGGCAUCAAAUAUUUUAUUUGUUGACCAACCUACGGGGACAGGUUUUAGUUACUCUUUUGAUGCUAGUGACAUUCGUCAUGAUGAAGCAUGCAUUAGCAAUGAUUUAUAUGACUUCUUGCAGGAGUUUUUCAAGGCACAUCCUCAAUUCGUUAAGAAUGACUUUUAUAUCACUGGAGAAUCAUACGCUGGACAUUAUGCUCCAGCUCUUGCAUCCCGUGUUAACCAAGGAAACAAAGAAAAUCAAGGAAUUCAUAUCAACCUCAAGGGUUUUGCAAUUGGUAAUGGUUUAACAAAUCCUGCAAUUCAGUACCCAGCAUACCCAGAUUAUGCAUUAGAGAACGGAGUAAUUACAAAGGCUGAACACGAUCAAAUCAGCAAGUCAAUCCCAGAUUGUGAACAAGCUGCUAAAACUUGCGAUAAUAAAGGUGGACAGAGUUGUGAGAUUGCAUUUAAUAUUUGUGAUGGCAUAUUCAAUAGUAUCAUGUCCAUUGCUGGUGACAUUAAUUACUAUGACAUCAGAAAAAAAUGUGUGGGAGAAUUGUGCUAUGACUUCAAGAGCGUGGACACGUUGUUAAACCUGCAGAAAGUGAAGAGUGCUUUAGGUGUGGCGGCAGACUUGCAGUUUGUUUCAUGCAGUUCAACCGUGUAUGAUGCUAUGGCGCAAGAUUUGAUGAAAAACUUGGAUGUGGGGAUUCCUGCACUUCUUGAGGAUGGAAUCAAGUUGCUUGUGUAUGCAGGGGAAGAAGAUCUCAGAUGCAAUUGGCUUGGGAAUUCAAGGUGGGUUUAUGCCAUGGAGUGGUCAGGCCAAAAGGCCUUUGGAACAUCUCCUACCGUGAAAUUUGUUGUUGAUGGCGCAGAAGCAGGGUCUCUGAAUAGCUAUGGACCUCUCUCUUUCCUUAAGGUAUAUGAGGCUGGACACCUUGUCCCUAUGGAUCAACCAAAAGCUGCACUUCAGAUGUUGAAAAACUGGAUGGGAGGGAGUUUGACCUAACAAAAGGAGUUUAGAGAUAAUUAAUUUCUCUCAUAAUUUAUACAUUCAUCUUAAAACCAAAACCAUAAUCAAAAUACAUGAAUAGUGAUCACUAUUAUUUUGUGUACCUGCCAUUGGGGAUAAUAUUUGGAGGGUGGAUUUUAUAUUUUUUCUGAACCUUUCUGAAAUUUCUGACCUUCAUAGUCAUUAUUCGUGUUAACUAUUUGUACAAUAUGUCCCGUGAUUUGAAAUAUAUAUAUUUUUCUCUGUGUGUAUAAA